GCGCCUGUGGAUUCAAAAGUUAACCGACAUUUGAUCUGUCAACGUGCAGCAGUAACAACGACAAGGAAAGUUCCUGUUUCGGCAAAUAAUAUUUUACUCAUUUUUGAGAAUUUGUGCCCGUGUUUGUGUUCCUGUGUUUCUCAGUGCAUAAAUCAUAAUUGUCUUGGCGGUAAUUUGAGUGUAAUCCGCGAAUAGUUGCAAACACUUUUCUGUCCCAAAGAUUGACAACUGGUCGCCGUUUCUUCAACUUACAGACACAAGUCACAGAAAAAAGGAGGCACGUGCCCGCGACACGUCUAAGACAAUGAAUAUGCUAAAUACUCAAGUGCUCCUGCUGGCGCUGUAUUGCCUAGGAUACGUUUGCUGUUCACCGGCCAUCGGGGCGCAAGAACCCAGCAGUCAAAUUGGAAAUGGUGACGAUGGCGAAAACGAUAUGCUGAUGAGUGCCGUCGAGGAUGGACCAGAGAAUGGUGGUGAUAUCGAUAAAAGGGUGGAACGCUAUGCCUUUGGGUUGGGACGACGUGCCUAUAUGUACACCAAUGGGGGCGCUGGAAUGAAACGUCUGCCAGUGUAUAACUUUGGCCUGGGCAAGCGUUCAAGACCAUACUCUUUUGGUCUAGGAAAACGCAAUGAUUAUGACUACGAUCAGGAUAAUGAGAUUGACUAUAGAGCGCUGCCAUCCAGCUUUAUGGGUGCUGCAGGUAGGAGCGGCCGACAGUACAAGCGAACAACGCGUCCACAACCCUUCAACUUUGGUCUGGGUAGGCGUUAAGGCUCCUCACACCAAAACACAAAAACAGAACACAGAUGAUAUACAAAUCACUAUUCCAGCAGUAUGCCAUUUGUGACGGUCAAAGUAAACUUUGACCAUUACUGAAAAUUGUUGUUAUACGGCUUUGAAUUGCAUCACAGUCAACCAUAAAUUGAAUUCGAAAACUAAGGUACAACAAAAAAGAUAUCUUUAAAUCCAGUAUAUUAAUAUGAAAGAAUACCGAUUUAAUUCAAUUCAGUUUAUUAGUAUGAACGAAUACCGAUUAAAGUCAAGUUCUUCACUUGACGCGCUAUUCUGCGCAGUAUUUUUGUUUUAAAAGCAAGAAAUGGAGCCAAGAAAAUUGAAAAACCAAAAAAUUAGAAAAAAAAGAAAAAAACAUAAAUAAACAAAAACAA